AUGAGUAACUUUACAGAGAACUUCACCACAUCUGUAGACUUCACAACUCAGUCCAUCGGGCUAGUGGACAUUAUAAACAUUUCUAUGUACAGCAUCAGUUUCCUGUUUGGUCUUCCUACACACUCCUAUGUUAUAUGGCUCAUCACCAGAGGAUCAGGAAGUGGAUUUGUGUCAGAGUUCUUCAUCUUCAAUCUCUCUAUUUGUGAGAUUUGUAACUGUCUGAAUAAUUUGAUCUGUAUAUUUGAUCGAUUUAUUCCAUGUAAACAUCUUGGAUCAUUUUUGUCAGGUCUAGCCAUCACUGGUAGUCCUCUGUUUCAGUGUCUGAUCUGUGUUGAGCGUUACCUGGCAGUGCUUCAUCCUGUAACCUUCCUGAAGUACAAACCUCUCAGAUAUAAAUUGAUCUGCUGCAGCAUGGCCUGGAUAAUCACUCUUGGCUCCUGCUUAAGCUGCAUGCUUACUUUUGUCUUCUUUUAUGUUUAUGUAUGUUUCUUUUCACUGCAGUACAUGUUCUUCAUCUCCUUCCAGUUGUUUUGUCUUGUGGCUGUUCUCAGAGCUCUGAAACAGUCAGGACCAGGAGAGAGAGCGAGAGAGAGAGAAGAGGAAAACCACAUGAAGAGAAGAGCAUUUUAUCUCAUUUUAAUAACUACCGUGAGCAUGGUUAUCACAUAUGUGCCAUAUAUUAUAGCAGGAUUUACUUUCAUUCUAACACAACAUCACAUUAGGGAACUUUUUUCUUUUAGUAUUAUUUGUAAUGUGUUGGCUGGUUUUGUUCAACCUGUUCUUUAUCUGCACCGGGUGUACGAGAAAUGUCCAAAUCUCCUCCGCCGCCUCUGGAAGCUGCUUAAAAGGAUCAGGAAGAAAGAGUCUGUUCCAUCGAGCUGGCAGAAGGCUGUAGGCUGCUUAGUUCCUAAAGAGGAAGGCUCAGUGCGUAUUGGCAAAUUCAGAACCAUCUCUUUGCUCAGCACGGAGUGCAAGACCUUCUUCUCAGUGGUGGCAAAGAGAAUUUCCACAUACAUGAUCGAUAAUGGAUAUUUCAACACCUCAAUCCAAAAGGGAGGAAUCUCAGGCUUUGCAGGGUUCCUGGAACACACAGGAGUCAUCAGCCAGAUGAUACAUGAGGCCAGGAUGAAGAAAGGAGACUAG